AUGGAAAUGGUCUAUCAGCGAUCCCAAGAAUUGAAGCUGAGGAAUUCAAAACCGCUUGUUGGUGUGCAAAUCGCCUUCACGUUAUUGGUGUCGUGUGUUGGUGGUCUCUUUGUUCAAGUUGCUGGCUCUGCCCAUUUCGAUCCGCUGAUCUGGCCGGUAUUCUUCAAUAUCGUAGCAGACGGGCCUUUCACUAUGCCUCACUCAAAACAGUGGGCUGGCAUCAGCGGACGAGAUACUUGA